GGGACCCAACUUGCAUUUCCCGGGAAUUCGUAGGGGAACAAACAGAAAGAGGAAAAAAUGUCUUUACUUCGGUCUCCAACUCUAAAACACUUCUUAAACCCUACCUCUCUAAUCUCCAAUACUUCCUACCAUUUACAAAUCCCAAAUCCUACCUUUCAUAACUCCUCUCUGUUUUUCUUCUCCUCCUCUCAUCUCAAACACCACAAAAAAUCUCUCACUGUAUCUGCAUCAGACCCUAAAAAAUCCACAAACCCUAACCCUAAAAAGAAAAAUGUCAAACAAAAGAUUGAUUCCAAAGUAGAAAAUGAAUCCGAUGAUGUCUUUCCGAGGACGAUUCCGAGAAAGCCGAGGCGUGGGCGAAAGAGUGAAGCAGUUGCAGUAGAGGAUUUUGUUAGGGAUUCAUUAGAGAAAACCUUUGAGAAUAUUCGACAACAGAGUUCGGAUGUUCUUGAAGAGAAAGAGAAGGUUUUGAAAGGGAAGGAAAUUGAUGAUGACGAUGAUGAUGAUGAAUUGGAUAAUGAUGGUAAGAAGAAGAAAGGAGAAGUGGUUGAGGAAGAGGAUCCAAAUUGGCCAUUAGAUGCUGAUGUUGGAUGGGGAACUAGGGCUUCUGAGUAUUUCGAUAAGCAUGCAAUUAAGAAUGUAGUUGGAGAAGAUGGUGAAGAGAUUGAUUGGGAAGGGGAAAUUGAUGAGGGUUGGGUUAAGGAGAUUAAUUGUUUGGAAUGGGAGAGUUUUGCUUUUCAUCCUAGUCCGUUAAUUGUUCUUGUAUUUGAAAGAUAUAACAGGGCAAGUGGUAACUGGAAGCUUUUGAAGGAGCUGGAGAAGGCUGCUAAAGUCUAUUGGAGUGCCAAAGAUCGGUUACCACCUCGAACAGUUAAGAUUGAUAUCAACAUUGAGAGGGACUUGGCCUACGCCCUUAAAGUGAAAGAAUGUCCGCAGCUGUUAUUCCUCAAAGGAAACAAAAUCCUGUACCGAGAAAAAGAAAUGCGGACAUCUGAAGAGUUGGUCCAGAUGAUAGCACAUUUCUACUAUAAUGCGAAGAAGCCAGCAUCCAUAGACAGUGCAAACAUGGCUCCACCUUACUGAUUGGUAUAUUCUGGUCUGUUGAUCGAAUGCGGAUUAGCUGAAUGUUUGUUAACUUCUCUCUGGAGUUCAGGUAAUCCAAAAGAUUUCAUGUGUCUGCACAACUUGACGUAACCGGCCUGCACUUUUCGAGUCCAUUGCGCGUAUAUAUUAGACUGGACAAGUACGACUAGCACUUCCUAGGUUUCCUGAUGAGAACGCAAUGAGUACUUUCAGCACAUGAAAAGAAAAACUACUAUAGAGGCAGCUAAGAAGAUCCAGAUAGUUUAUAAUUAAUCACCUGUAGUUUUGCUUAAAUCAUUUCCCACUUUAACUAUUCAAGUGGUUUGAUUGAAAUUACUUUGUUGUAACAAUAGUAGUAUAUAACAGUGAUGGUAUAAAAUAAUAUCCUUCGAUUACCUGUUCUUCCUUGUAAUUCUUGAAACUGUUUGUAAUUAUUGAAGGUGGAGUGGAAGAAAGGGGUUUUUCCUGUUCCA